AUGGCUUCCCCAACCGUGAGUGCGUAUGCGAGCUCAACGACCUCUGCGCUGCCUGAAGAGUCGACGCCGGCGCAGGGUGUGCUUUUGUCUGCUGGAGCUGGGAUUACCGGCGGUUACACUGGAAACUCGCUUGCCCUAAAGAUCAUCAUCGCUGUACUCCUCGGCUUAUCGCUGUACAACGCCGUCGAGCUCAUCCUUUUGGUCCUCGUCACCUUCCAGCGCUACCGUGGGGUGUACUUCUGGAGUCUGUUGAUUGCAGGGUUUGGCGUGCUGCCGUACUCGCUGGGCUUCCUGAUCAAGUUCUUCCAACUGCUGGACCCGAACCAGGACGCCGGGUAUGUGGCUGUCGUGCUGCUUACCAUUGGGUGGUGGACCAUGGUCACAGGUCAAUCGGUGGUGUUGUGGUCGCGCCUACAUCUGCUGACCAACUCUCGUCGAAUCCUGCGCUGGACACUGUACAUGAUCAUCAUCAACGGCACCAUUCUGCACUCCAUUACAACGGUGCUGACAUUCGGCUCAAACUCGAACGAUCUCACGCCAACCGUGCUGUCCCGCUUCGUCAACGGCUACUCCAUCAUGGAGAAGACCCAGAUGGUCGGCUUCUUCCUGCAGGAACUCAUCCUCUCUAUCAUCUACAUCCGCGAAACAGUCCGAUUGCUCCAGCUAGGAGAAUCCGUGCAUGACGAUGUGGCCUCCUUUGACGACGGUACGGGCCAACUUCGCAGCGCCAGCAUGCGCAAAACCAUGUAUCAAAUCCUGGCCAUUAACAUCGUCAUCAUCGUCAUGGACCUCGCACUGCUCGCCGUCGAGUUCGCCAACCUGUAUCUAAUCGAAACAACGCUCAAAGGCGUCGUCUAUUCGAUCAAACUCAAGCUUGAAUUCGCCGUCCUCGGCAAACUCGUUCAGAUCGUCAGAGUCCGCACAAACUCCACCAACAACAGCCCCCGCAACGCCACGGGCCUCACACUCGAGAAAAGCAAGAGCGCAGACACCAGCCACGAGACCAGCAAUGGAUCUACCACCGGCCGUGCGGUUGCCAAUCCUCACGGCAGCCUCGGCAUUACCGGAGCGAACACGCUUCAUCUUCCGGACUUUGUCGACCCCAGGCACGCCAGUGGGGAUUUCACGCACGCGCGUGCUGAUGUGCUGCGCAGGAAUGCGAGAGACGGCGGGUGGGAGAGCGCAACGGCGGAGGAACGCGAGCGGUGGCGGCGACGGUCGCGUGGGGUAAAGAGAGGAGGGAGUUGGAUUGACGAGGAGAUGGAUCGAUACAAUAUUGGGUGA